CCUCUGAGACUACAGCCCGGUGCAGAACAGGAACCCGAGGCACAUUGCUCGGGGAAAAGGCACCAGCGACAGCCGUCCCUGACACUGAGGUCACUCUCUCGUCCUCUGACCCCAGCACUGCUCCGCUGGCCCAGCUGCCCCUCCUGACCUCCCCGCCUGAGCCUGGCCAGCAAGCACUCCCAGGGCCCUGACCCAAUCUCUGAUGCCCUGAGGUGACCUCAGCUGUGGCCUCCCCCUGACCCAGACAGGUCAGACUGUGGCUGGGCCCCUGCACCCUCACCCUUAUCACUGUUUGCAAGCCCCCAAGGCCUCUGAGAUGGGACCCCUGGGCAGAGCCCUUGUCUCCCACCCCUCUCAGGGAGCAGUGUGGAGAUGAGGGUAAGACCUGGCCCCCACCCCUGACCUGACCCCCUGCUCCCUCAGGCGUGUGGGGGCCAUGUCCCCACGGGGCAACCGCUCAGAGGUGGUCGAGUUCAUCCUGGUCGGCUUCCCGGGCUCCCUGGGGCUCCACGCGUGCCUGCUGGUGCUGUUCCUGCUGGCCUACACGCUGACCGUCAUGGAGAACCUGGCCAUUGUCGUGGUGGUGCGUGCCAGCCCGGCACUGCACAAGCCCAUGUACCUCUUCCUCAGCAACCUGUCCUUCCUGGAGGUGUGGUACGUCUCUGUCACCGUGCCCAAGAUGCUGCUCAGCCUGGCAGCGCCCCAGUUCCGGCGCAUCUCCUUCGCCGGCUGCAUGGCACAGCUGUACUUCUUCCUGGCGCUGGCCUGCACCGAGUGCACGCUGCUGGGUGUCAUGGCCUAUGACCGCUACGUGGCCAUCUGCCACCCCCUGCGCUACGCCAGCAUCAUGAGCCCCGGGCUCUGCAGCCUCCUGGCCGCUGGUUCCUGGCUCUCCGGCUUCACCAUCUCCCUGGGGAAGGUGUUCUUCAUCGCCCGCCUGGGCUACUGCGGCCCCAAUGUCAUGAACCACUUCUUCUGCGACGUGUCCCCGCUGCUGAACCUCGCCUGCUCCGACAUGUCCGUGGCGGAGCUCAUGGACUUCCUCCUGGCGCUGCUCAUCCUGCUGGGGCCGCUGCUGCUGACCGUGGCCUCCUACGCGGCCAUCCUCAGCGCAGUGCUGCGCAUCCCAUCCACCGCCGGCCGGCACAAGGCCUUCUCCACCUGUGCCUCGCACCUGGCAGUGGCCGUCAUCUUCUACUCGGCCUCCCUCUUCAUCUACGCGCGGCCGCGAGCCAUCUACUCCUUCGACUGCAACAAAUUGGUGUCCGUGGUGUACACAGUGCUCACGCCCCUGCUCAACCCCAUCAUCUACUGCCUGCGGAACCAGGAGGUGAAGCAGGCACUACGCAAGGUGAUGCAGAGGGCGGUCCAGGCCCUGGGUGUCCCUUCCUAGACUCUCAGGCCCCC